AUGCAGCAUUUAACUCGUCCUUAACAAUAGUUAUAAGAGAUCAAUGUAUUGGCCAUUGUAAUUUGUAGUUGUACGAGUAAAAGUAACAUCAAAUUGAGUCAAUCCUUCAAUCCAAGUGGACUGCUUAGUCAGAGUCCAACUCAUAAAACUAAUUAAAGUUCUGGGUUUCAAGGGAUAGAUUAGAAACAAUUAUAGAAAUGUUAAGGAUAACUCUUACAGGGGAAAUAAUACAAAAAGGAAUUAUUAAAACUAAUGACCAGUCAUAAAUAAUUGUCUACGUAGAAAUCUAAUUAACAGAAUAACAUAUCAGACUCAUCCAAUAUUCUAAAGACAAUUGCCACUACUGAUACUCGAAGAACCAAUUCUAAUUAACUUCAGAAAUCAUUUAUAUAGACUAUAAAAAACUAGAGUUUUGUAAGUGUAGCAAAUUAAAUUGUUGUAGUGGUUCAUUCUUUGAAUUAAUAAUAUAAGUUUACAAUGGAUCCGUAAAAAAGUACAGGUUAUAUGAUGGAGUAUUUGAAAACAGAAAUGAAAAAAAAUAUAGUAGUAUAUUCAACGACUGGAUCUUCGUCUAAUAAAAAUAAAUUACAAUGUGAGACGGGCAAUGAAUGUCUAGAUAUGGAAAUUGUAUCAUUCCAUACUGUUGAUAAAAAUUUACCCAUUGAUUUUUACAUUUAGUAAUUAAAUAAACCCUUGGAUAUAUUCAGUGGAUAAACAUUAAAUUUAUAACCAUUUUAUGGAUGCAUUCAAGGAUCUUAGAUAACAUUGAAGGAUUUCAUUUUUAUCAAAUGUAUUGGUGUUGGAGGAUUUUCAAGAGUUUAUCUAGUGAAAAAGAAAUCAGAUGGCAGAUUUUAUGCGAUGAAAUUGAUAGAUAAAGAAUUUAUUAUCUAACGUAAAAAAUAAGGAAUUGUGUAAAAUGAGAGAGACAUAAUGACUGUGUUGGAUCAUCCCUUUAUAAAUAAAUUAGAAUAUGCCUUUGAGUCUAAAAACUUCAUUGUUUUUGUCUUAGAGUUUUGCAGUGGUGGAGAGUUAUUUUGGUAAUUGAAAUAGGUGAAGAGGAUGACUGAGGAUCAAGCCAGAUUUUAUUUUACUGAAAUUUGUUUGGCCAUUUAUUAUUUACAUUCAAUAUCUGUUGUCUAUAGAGAUAUAAAACCAGAGAAUAUAUUGAUAGAUAUGGAUGGCCACAUUAGAAUUGCAGAUUUUGGAUUAUCAAAGCCAAACAUGAAUGAAGAUGAUUAUGCAUAUAGUUUUUGUGGUUCUCCUGAAUAUAUGGCUCCUGAAAUGUUAUUGAAAGUUGGUCACAAUGUUUAAGUGGAUCAUUAUUGUUUAGGUGCCCUUUUAUAUGAAUUAGUUACAGGAUUACCUCCUUAUUAUUCUAGGGACACUGAAGAAAUUUAUGAAUCAAUUUUAAGUGAAGAGUUGACAUUCCCAGACAAAAUCAAUUUAACUGAUGAUAUCAAAGAUCUACUUAAAGGACUUUUAUGUAAGAAACCUUAAAGUAGAUUGGGUGCUCAGAAUGGUUUAUAAGAAUUGAUGCUCCAUCCCUGGUUUAAAGGAUGUGAUUGGAUUUAAAUUUUAUAAAAGAACAUUGAGCCUCCAUUCAAACCAAAUUAGUUACAAUUUCAUUAUGAUCAAAAUGAAUUGCUCAAAGGGGAAUUGGAAACAAGGGAAAAGCUUCUAGGAAAAUCAGGUUUAUAAAAAGAUAUUAAAAUUUUUAAGACAUUUUAUUUUGAUGUAAUUCAAUAAAAGUAAAUGAAAAUUGAACAAAGUAAAGUACUCAAGUAACAUUUUAUGAUGAUAACAUAAAUCUAAAUGUAAUUGACCUAAAAGUAUAAUCUCAAAAAGAACAGCCCAGGAUCCAAUUGUCUAUCGAAACAGUAAUCAAGAGGAUCUCAAUUGAUUAAUUAGAAAUAGAAAAAUAAUAUAGAUAAAGUCAUUUAUUUAAAUUUAUAGGUAGUCGUCUUUUGUUUAACCUAUUUAGAUUAAUACAGCAGCCAUUCCUUAACAAUCUAAAUUGAUUGGCUUGAAGCGAAUAACUUCUUAAAAUAAUUUUUUCAUGGAUAGAUAAAACACAUCUCCUACAAAUAUGGGAUUUAAUUCAAAGGACAAUAUUGA